AAUCAUUGUGGGGAAAAUACUUAUUUUAGCAUCUGUACCUUUCCAAUCUCCCAAACAGAACACAAUGUACUUAUUUUUACAGUAUUUGCUUGUUGAUGUUCUUGUUGCAUUUUGCAGAAUACAGUUGAACAGUAUUGUAUCAGUCCCUAUUCCUCUGUUCUGAAGGUAUUUUGAGCUGCCUCCUUUUACUGUUAGUGGUUCGCUUUGGGCCAUUCAGGUUGGUUUGGAACCAGCUUGCCUUAUGAGAUAUGGGGAUCUUCUGUCCCUUGUGACUUUGCAUCCUGUUGGUAGUCCGAUCAGCAGGAGAAGAGAAUAUGGUUGUCUUCAGAAGCCAUUGAUAUCCCUCCCUGAGUGAGAACUUCAUCGAAUUAACUAUAUAAUGUGGGAAUAUAAAGUCCAUUUUAUUUAUUUAUUUUUUGCUACUCUUCCUUGUUUAUAUUUGGAUCAUAUAUGGCAACUAGUAUUAACUUGUUUGUUUGUUUGUUUGUUUUUUAAGUCUGGCAUGUUCUAAUUACUAAAGAUUUGAAUUGAAAAUGUAAAAAACUUGACUGGCUUGUAUACUGACUGUUUCACUAAUCAAUAUUUAAUAUGGUUUUCAUAGGAUAUGUAACAUGACACUGAUAUUCUGGACAGUUUAUCAUAGGAGCCUCUGUGAAGGUAUCUUUUUGAAGUAAUGCCCACAGAAAGUGGAAGUUGUGCAACUGCUCGCCAAGCAAAGCAGAAGCGCAAAUCGCACAGUCUUUCUAUACGAAGAACCAACAGUUCCGAGCAAGAACGGGCAGGAUUGCAAAGAGACAUGUUGGAAGGGCAGGAUUCUAAACUUCCUUCAUCUGUUCGAAAUACACUUCUUGAGCUUUUUGGGCAAAUAGAGCGAGAGUUUGAAAACCUUUAUAUUGAAAAUCUUGAAUUACGUCGAGAAAUUGAUACACUCAAUGAACGCUUGGCAGCUGAAGGACAAACAGUUGAUGGAGCUGAACUGAACAAAGGACAACUGAAAGCAAAAGCCAGUCAUAGUACCAGUCAGCUUUCUCAGAAAUUAAAGACAACUUACAAGGCAUCUACUAGCAAGAUUGUAUCCAGUUUCAAAACUACAACAUCAAGGGCAAUAUGUCAAUUGGUGAAGGAGUAUGUUGGCCACAGGGAUGGUAUUUGGGAUGUCAGUGUCACGAAAACUCAGCCAGUGGUGUUGGGAACUGCAUCUGCUGAUCAUACUGCUCUUCUGUGGAGCAUAGAAACUGGAAAGUGCCUUGUCAAGUAUGUAGGGCAUGUUGGAUCAGUAAAUUCCGUAAAGUUCCAUCCAACAGAGCAGGUAGCUCUCACAGCGUCUGGAGACCAGACAGCUCACAUCUGGAGAUACAUGGUUCAGUUACCCACGCCUCAGCCAACUGCAGACUGCAAUCAAAUAUCUGGGGAAGAUGAAAUUGAGUUCUCAGAUAAAGAUGAACCUGAUGGAGAUGGAGAUGCUUCCAGUGACUGUCCAACUAUACGAGCUCCCUUAACAUCCCUUAAAAGCCAUCAGGGAGUGGUUAUAGCAGCUGACUGGUUGGUCGGAGGGAAGCAAGCUGUAACAGCUUCAUGGGAUAGGACAGCAAACCUGUAUGAAGUGGAGACGUCAGAACUUGUUCAUUCUCUGACAGGGCAUGACCAAGAGCUAACACAUUGUUGUACACAUCCCACCCAACGUCUUGUGGUGACUUCAUCACGUGAUACAACCUUCCGUCUGUGGGAUUUCAGAGAUCCUUCUAUCCAUUCUGUGAAUGUCUUUCAGGGCCACACAGACACUGUGACAUCAGCAGUUUUCACUGUGGGUGACAACGUUGUUUCGGGUAGUGAUGACCGCACUGUAAAAGUCUGGGACUUGAAAAAUAUGAGAUCUCCUAUUGCAACUAUCCGUACAGACUCUGCAGUAAAUAGGAUUAAUGUGUGUGUUGGCCAAAGAAUCAUUGCCCUUCCACAUGACAACCGACAGGUUAGAUUAUUUGACAUGUCAGGUGUGCGAUUAGCAAGGCUUCCUCGCAGUAACAGACAGGGCCAUAGGAGAAUGGUAUGCUGUUCUGCGUGGAGUGAAGACCAUCCAAUCUGUAACCUGUUUACUUGUGGGUUCGAUCGUCAGGCAAUUGGCUGGAACAUCAACAUCCCUGCAUUGUUACAAGAAAAAUAAAAAUGCUGGAGAAUUUUUGCAUUUUGUGUGGCCAUGGACUUUUAAACUUUUAUGCAGACUUUUCUGAAUAUUAGCCUGUCAUUGCUGUAAAAGUUCUUCCUUGAACAGAGUGCUUUGCAAAUGUCGUUCUUGUUACCACAUUGUGCACAAUUUGCAUGAAAUGUACAGGAAAUGUGACUUUUUUAAAAAUUAGAUUGUCUUGUGUAUGAACUUUUAUAUCUUACUACCCACUGGUCAGUAGAAAGGAAGUUCAUAGUUAUAUAGAGCACAUACGUGUUUCUAAGUUAUUCAGCAUUUGAUAGUUGAACAGUAGGGCAUUAAAUUUGUGACUUAAAUGUGAAAUGUAUGUACUUAUUAUGAAGAAUAUAUAGUAGUCUGUUACAUUUUUCCAUAACUUUACAUAUCUGCCUUGUGUUAAAGAAUCUGCAGGGCUAACUUUGAUGAAGUGUGAAUUUCACUAGUAGUAGGAUGGUUAACAUUUCUUUGUUUGCAUCUAUGAUUUUUAGUGCUGCAGUAUAGUGUAACUUCAGCUCCCAUGUUAUUCUAGUUACUGGAGAGAAGGAUUGGGAAGAUAAGGAUGAACAACCUCUUCUAGUGUGCGUAGAAUGCAGAAUUACAGCAUUCCAAAUGUUUUUUUACAUUUCUCGUGACACAGAAGAAGCAAAUGUUCAUUCUACCCUUUAUGUACAAAGCUCUUUUGGAUCUUGUAGCAUCUGUCACUAGCAACAAUCCCAAAUCUAAUCAUUAAAAUCUAGGGGUGCUGUACACGUGUGGAGGGAGGAGGGCAUUUUAAUUGGAGCAGGUUUUGGGAUCUGUUCUAAUUAAAGCACCCACAGCA